AUGUGUUUGGCCCUCCUCGUCUUUUUUCCCCGAAGUGUGCGAGAGCGUUUUUCUGAACAUGAAUGUGCUAACUGGCCUUCACGGCCUGCUAGUGUAUCAAAAACUAACAUCAGCCAAAAGGAGAUGGGUAUUUGCUUGUCAUGUUUGAGGCCAAAGCAAACUGUUCAGGAAGAUGAAAAUGCAUCGUUGCUUUCCGACGAUAAGGCUAAAGCAGUGGAAGACGAAUUAUUGACAGAGUUGAGAAAUAAACAGUUGAAUGCUAUUUUAAACAGCACUAACGAUCACUUGAUAGACAUAUCUACUUUUAAAUCUAUGUCAAACUACGGUUCUCAGCACACUGAUCCAAACAAUAACGGCGAGGGUGAAGACACUAAUUCUCAGAUACAGCAAGAAGAAAACGACGUGUUCAAGGUCAUUCCCAUCUCACAGUCACAAAUACAGGAUGAAAUGGAUCAGCAAUACAAUAAUUGGAUUUCACAAUUAGGGGAAAGUACAGUGCGUAAAUACAUGGAAGUCAAAGAGAACCCGGUUGACAAAAAUAGGAAAUACAGUGUUGACUUGGUAUAG